CACACGCUCAUGCAAAGGCAGUCAUCAGUGGAUGAAUAUAUAUACGCAGCACGGGAUAAUUAUUGAUAUAAACUUGGCAGCCGAGUGCACUUGUAUCCAAGCAACCGAGGAAACAAAAACACUGAGACCUGAAGGAACAUAAGCGCACACCGCCGAUUGCAGAAACAGCCAGAUGGACUCAAAACUAACCUUCACCAGUCCGUCUGAGACCUCCACGCUGACCAUGAGCCCCCAAAAUGACAGCACGGUACCGGCGUUGCAUCAUCAGGAGCACCACAUGGUCCUGAUCGUCAUCUACACUCUGGUUCUUCUCAUCGGGACCACCAGCCUGAGUCUAACCAUACUCAUCAUGAAGUCCAGGGCGGCGUCCGCCACCUCCAUCGCCGUGCUCAACCUCAUCUUCGCUCACUUUGUUUUCCUCCUCAGCGUGCCCUUCAGGAUCUACUACCACGCGGCCCAGAACUGGAGUCUGGGCUUUGGAUUGUGUAAAGUGGUGAGCAGUAUGAUCCACAUCCACAUGUACAUGUCCUUCAGCUUCUAUGUAGUCAUCCUCAUUACACGGCUUUUGGCGUUCUACCGCAAGGCCGAGGUGGUGGCGUCCCCGCCUAGAAUUUACGCGCUCGCCGCGAGCGUGGUGAUAUGGAUUCUAGUGUUUGUCUUCGUCACUUGCAUCAUCUAUUUCUCUUACGGCAAAAGCAACGACGACAGCUCCGACGGCUCGUUUCAGUGCUUCAAUUUCGGGAAAAGCAUCGGAACCACCGCUAAGGUGAUCAACUACAUCAUCAGCGCUUUGAUCAUCACCGUGGCCUUAGCGCUUACGGGCCUCCAAGCCAACGUCCUGUGGCUUUUAUACAGGAAGCACCACCAGCGAUGCACGUCGCAGCAGGACUUCGGGGCUCAGCUGAAGAGCCUCUGCUUCGCCAUCAUCAUGGUGGUGUGCUUCAUCCCUUAUCAUCUCUUCCGACUUUAUUACCUGGAGCAUCUUGAACUGCAGGGUCUCAAUGAGGUGUUGCUGAGUUUGACUACCUUCAACUGCUUGGAUAUGCUAACACUCUUGGGGAGGAGGACUUGUUCCUGGUGCUUCCCAGGAACGGGUAUUUAAAUCCAUGUCAUCAUAACGCAGGGGUCUUAAACUCAAUUUACCUGGGGGCCACUGGCCACUUCAAGUUAUUUCCUUUAAACUUAAAUAGCCAAAAACUUACCACUUCCACACGGAUAGGGAGGAUAACUAUUAAUUACACAUUAAUCAAACGUAAUAAUUUUUUCUGGGUACAUGAUAGCAUAUAGCAUCCAUAUAAAACUUGCGCGGGCCGCACUAACAUUAAACUUUCAUAUCAAGGCGGGGGCCUCAAACUAGUGUCCUGCGGGCCACAUUUGGCCCGCUGGCCGCGUGUUUGUAUUCAGUGCUAGCGUUAGUUAUUAAGCUAAUUCAUAGGGGUUAGCUUAUUAAAUCCUACCCCUCCAUCUGGUACUUUUACAAUCAGUAACUGUUACAUUUGUUCACUUCCUGCUUUCCUAAUAUAGUUUUUUUUUUAUUAUUUUUUUUUUAUUUUAUUUUUGUCACGUACCAAAGUACGAGGUGAUUAAAAGAAGACACAUUUCUAAAAAAAAAAAAAACUAUGAUGAAUUUAGAAUUUAUAAGGGCUUUAAUUCAUAAAAUACAUAAUAAAAGCUCACAGCUUUUGCAUAUUUACGUCUUAUUAUAACAUUAUGUUUCUCCGAGGGUCCUUGAACGCACCUUAGUUGUGUUCUUCAGGUGAAAAUUACACAUAACCUUCACCACAUCGUUCCCAAAAGUUGACUCCGUGGCUGAAUUCAUAAAAAUGAGUUUUAACGACGUUAUUAUAUGUUAUGUAUUCAUUGUUAAGCUAAUUCAUGCUAGCAGGUGUUGUGGUUUUAUUGUGAAAAACAGCCGGAAGUGUGUUGUUUGGCACACUUUUA